GCGCACGCCGGCGCAUGCGCAGGCGACGCGCGGCCGUCACGCACGCGGGAGGCCGUGCGCUGCGCGCCGGGCUGGCUGUGGAGCCGCCGCCAUGGGCAAGGUGAAUGUGGCCAAGUUGCGCUACAUGAGCCGGGAUGACUUCAGGGUCCUGACAGCGGUUGAAAUGGGCAUGAAGAACCAUGAAAUAGUUCCCUGCAGUUUGAUUGCUUCUAUAGCCAGCCUUAAACAUGGUGGCUGUAAUAAAGUUUUAAGAGAAUUAGUGAAACAUAAACUCAUAGCCUGGGAGCGUACCAAAACUGUCCAGGGCUAUCGGCUGACAAAUGCAGGCUAUGACUACCUCGCUUUGAAAACACUUUCUUCUAGACAGGUAGUCGAGUCUGUUGGAAACCAGAUGGGUGUUGGCAAAGAAUCAGAUAUUUACAUCGUUGCAAAUGAAGAAGGACAGCAGUUUGCAUUGAAGCUUCAUAGACUAGGAAGAACUUCCUUCCGAAAUUUGAAAAACAAGCGUGACUACCAUAAACACAGGCACAAUGUCUCUUGGCUUUAUUUGUCUCGUCUCUCUGCCAUGAAGGAGUUUGCCUAUAUGAAGGCAUUACAUGAGAGGAAAUUUCCAGUUCCAAAACCAAUUGAUUACAAUCGCCACGCAGUGGUCAUGGAGCUCAUAAAUGGCUAUCCUUUGUGUCAGAUACAUCAUGUUGAAGACCCUGCAUCUGUAUAUGAUGAAGCAAUGGAACUAAUUGUCAGACUUGCAAAUCAUGGGCUGAUUCAUGGAGAUUUCAACGAAUUCAAUCUCAUUUUGGAUAAAGAUGACCAUAUCACCAUGAUUGAUUUUCCACAGAUGGUUUCAACUUCUCAUCCCAAUGCUGAGUGGUAUUUCGACAGAGAUGUUAAAUGUGUGAGAGAUUUCUUCAUCAAACGUUUCAACUAUGAAAGUGAGCUUUAUCCAACAUUUAGUGACAUCAGGAGGGAAGACUCUCUGGACGUGGAGGUCUCUGCCAGCGGCUACACAAAGGAGAUGCAGGUGGACGAUGAACUGCUGCAUCCACUCGGGCCAGAUGAUGGGAACUCCGCCACAGAGCGGGGGUCUGACUGCUCACUUUCUGAUGAAGAGGCAUCGGAAGAAGCAAAGGUCUGCAGGUCAGAGAAUGAGAGUGAAAAGAGCUCUGUGGAUGAAGCAAGUGGCCACUGUCCCAGGUCACCUGGAGAACUCGAGCAAACAAAGCAGGACAGUUUAUUCGGGGAGUGUGCUGGCAUACACGUGUUUGAAAUGACUGGAUUCAGUCAGGCUUUGGAGGAAGUGAAAGGACAGGUUGUUGAAAGCAAUUUAACAACUGAGCUUUCUGGGGAGAAAAACAGAACUGAAAAUGGCACGUGGCAGGAUGGUCUGACUGGUCCCGGAGGAGUCCCUGCUGGCCCUGAGGAGUGUGAAGACGAGUGCCCUGAUCUGAUUGCACUGUCGUCACUAAACAAGGAAUUCAGGCCUUUCAGAGAUCAAGAAAGUUUGGGAAAUCUUACUCAGUGUAGAACAAGAACUCUGAGUGUUACUUCUGCAGGCAGUGUUGUAAGCUGUUCAACAAUUCCUCCGGAACUGGUAAAACAGAAGGUAAAACGUCAAUUGACAAGACAGCAAAAAUCAGCUGUGAGACGUCGAUUACAGAAAGGAGAAGCAAAUAUAUUUACUAAGCAAAGGAGAGAAAACAUGCAAAAUAUUAAAUCAAGUUUGGAAGCAGCCAGCUUUUGGGGAGAAUAACGUGUUUUAAGAUCUUGGAUAGGGACUGGCAUUGUGGCACAGUGGGCUAAACCUCUGCCUGUGAUACCCAUAUUUUAGUGCUGUUUUGAGUCCUGGCUACAUUUGGGAAAGCAUUGGAAGAUGGCCCACGUACUUGGACCCUGCCACCGACCAGAUGAAGCUUUGGGCUCCUGGCUUUGACCCAGCCCAGCCCUGGCUAUUUGGGACAUGAACCAACGGAUGGAAAAUCUCUGUGUCUCCCUCUCUGUUGCUCUGCCUUUUAAAUAAACAAAUACUUUUUAAAAAAAUA